AUGUGUUUUAUCUUACUACUGAAUGUGUUUUAUCUUACUACUGAAUGUGUUUUAUCUUACUACUGGAUGUGUUUUAUCUUACUACUGGGUGUGUUUUAUCUUACUACAGAAUGUUUUAUCUUACUACUGGAUGUGUUUUAUAUUACUACUGAAUGUGUUUUAUCUUACUACUGGAUGUGUUUUAUCUUACUACUGGAUGUGUUUUAUCUUACUACUGAGUUUUUAUCUUACUACUGGAUGUGUUUUAUCUUACUACUGAAUGUGUUUUAUCUUACUACUGAAUGUGUUUUAUCUUGCUACUGGAUGUGUUUUAUCUUACUACUGGAUGUGUUUUAUCUUACUACUGGGUGUAUUUUAUCUUACUACUGGAUGUGUUUUAUCUUACUACUGGAUGUAUUUUAUCUUACUACUGAAUGUGUUUUAGCUUACUACUGGAUGAGUUUUAUCUUACUACUGGAUGAGUUUUAUCUUACUACUGAAUGA